AGCGACUUAGAUCUGAAGAAAUUUUAUUUCACUUUGUGAAAGAUAUACAAAAUUUAAGUAAUUAAAUCUUUGUUAUUUCGUGCUCUCUUUGCGGACGGUUAUUUAUGUCAGCUGAAAAUAAUCCAUAAUUAUUCAUUAACUCUCAGAAAAAAUAGAUUUUUGCAUCAAGAGAAGAGGAGCGUCUGUAUCUGGUAUCUCGUUGUUUGAUUACAAAGACUGAAGGCAAAAUAUGGGUACUCUAUCAGAUUUUGGACAAAUUGCAUUAAAGUGGGAUCCAAAAAAUUUGGAAAUUCGAACAAUGUCUGUCGAAAAGACAUUAGAACCACUAGUUUUGCAAGUUACAACGUUGGUUAAUACAAAAGGUCCAAGCAAAAAAAAGAAAGGUAAAUCCAAACGAGCAAGUGCUCUUGUUGCAGCAGUUGAAAAGGCUACUGAAAAUUUUAUCCAAAAAGGCGAACAAAUUGCAUAUGAAAAUCCAGAUAUUACGCAAGAAAUGCUCUCGGCUGUUGAUGAAGUUCGUAAAUCUGGUGAUGCAAUGAGCAUUGCAGCAAGAGAAUUUUCCGAAGAUCCCUGUAGUUCCCUUAAACGUGGCAACAUGGUGAGAGCCGCUCGCAAUCUUCUUUCUGCAGUAACACGAUUGCUUAUACUUGCCGACAUGGUCGAUGUACAUCUUCUGUUAAAAUCUCUGCACGUUGUUGAAGAUGAUUUGAAUCGCUUAAAGAACGCAUCCAGUCAAGAUGAACUUAUGAACAACAUGAGGCAAUUCGGUAGAAAUGCAAACGAAUUAAUAAAACAGGCAGCUAAACGACAACAAGAACUGAAGGACCCACAGCUUCGCGAUGAUUUAGCUGCAGCGCGUGCAAUGCUGAAGAAACAUUCGACAAUGUUGUUGACAGCUUCAAAGGUUUAUGUUCGUCACCCAGAACUAGACUUGGCUAAAGUAAAUAGAGACUUUAUUUUAAAGCAAGUUUGUGAUGCCGUUAACACUAUUAGUGACGUUGCACAAGGGAAGUCUUGUCAACCUACUGAUAUUUAUAGCGGUGCAGGAGAAUUAGCUGCAGCUCUUGACGAUUUUGACGAAGGUGUAAUUAUGGAUCCGUUGACCUAUAGCGAAAAGCGAUCAAGACAAUUACUUGAGGAACGAUUGGAAAGUAUAAUUAGCGCUGCAGCCCUGAUGGCUGAUGCAGAUUGUACACGUGAUGAAAGACGAGAACGUAUUGUUGCUGAAUGCAAUGCUGUAAGGCAAGCAUUGCAGGAUUUAUUGACAGAAUAUAUGUCAAACGUCGGCCAAAAGGAUAAUUCUCCCGGACUGGAUCGAGCUAUUGAUCAGAUGUGCAAAAAAACUAGGGACUUGCGACGACAGUUGCGUAAAGCCGUGGUAGACCACGUUUCUGAUUCAUUUUUGGAAACGACUACCCCUUUAAUUGAUUUGAUCGAAGCAGCAAAAACAGGAAACGAGAAACUUGUUCGAGAAAAAUCUGAAAUUUUUACAAAGCACGCUGAAAAACUUGUCGAAGUUGCUAAUCUUGUUUGCAGUAUGUCAAGCAACGAAGAUGGGGUUAAAAUGGUGCGAUAUGCAGCGGCUCAAAUUGAAAGUUUGUGCCCGCAAGUUAUAAAUGCCGCAUCGAUUUUAACUGUUAGACCUAAUUCGAAAGUUGCACAUGAAAAUAUGACUGCCUAUCGUCAAGCAUGGGAAGUUCAAGUGAGGAUUUUAACAGAAGCUGUAGAUGACAUAACCACAAUAGAUGAUUUCUUAGCCGUGUCUGAAAAUCAUAUUCUCGAAGAUGUGAACAAAUGUGUAAUGGCUUUGCAAAUGGGUGACGCGGAAAUUUUACGUGUUACAUCUGGAGCUAUUCAAGGAAGAUCUGCUAGAGUCUGCAAUGUUGUCGAAGCUGAAAUGGAUAAUUAUGAACCAUGUAUUUACACUAAGCGAGUUCUUGAAGCUGUAAAAGUUUUACGUGAUCAAGUUAUGCCCAAGUUUGACCAGAGGGUUGAUACCGCAGUUGAUGCUCUAUUAUCGAAGUCAAAUAAGGAAGUUGACGAAAAUGAAUUCAUAGAUGCAUCUCGUUUAGUAUAUGACGGUGUACGUGAAAUACGUCGUGCCGUGUUAAUGAAUAGAAGCUCUGAAGAUUUGGAUACGGAUACUGAAUUUGAGCCAGUUGAAGACAUGACUCUGGAAACACGUAGUCGCUCUAGCGCACACACCGCUGACCAAACAGUCGAUGAGUAUCCUGAUAUAAGCGGAAUUUGCACUGCAAGGGAAGCUAUGCGGAAAAUGACAGAAGAAGAUAAACAAAAAAUUGCCCAACAAGUGGAACUAUUCCGACGGGAAAAAUUAACUUUUGAUUCUGAAGUAGCUAAAUGGGAUGAUACCGGAAAUGAUAUUAUAUUUUUAGCAAAGCAUAUGUGUAUGAUUAUGAUGGAAAUGACAGAUUUUACAAGGGGUCGUGGGCCAUUAAAAACUACAAUGGAUGUUAUAAAUGCUGCAAAAAAAAUUUCUGAGGCUGGCACUAAACUUGACAAAUUAACACGUGAAAUAGCAGAGCAAUGCCCAGAGAGUUCGACCAAAAAAGAUUUGUUGGCUUAUUUGCAACGCAUAGCUCUCUACUGUCAUCAAAUUCAAAUAACAUCUAAAGUAAAAGCUGACGUGCAAAACAUAAGUGGUGAAUUAAUUGUUUCGGGGUUGGACAGUGCAACGUCUUUAAUCCAAGCUGCUAAAAAUCUAAUGAAUGCCGUUGUGUUAACGGUUAAAUACUCUUACGUUGCAUCUACAAAAUAUACCAGACAAGGAACAGUUACGUCGCCCAUCGUUGUUUGGAAAAUGAAGGCGCCAGAAAAAAAACCUUUAGUGAGACCCGAGAAGCCAGAAGAAGUGCGUGCAAAAGUUCGCAAGGGAUCGCAAAAAAAAAUCCAGAAUCCAAUUCAUGCACUGUCGGAAUUUCAAAGUCCAGCUGAUGCCGUUUAACUUUAGAAUAAAAAAAUCUCUGUUAUGCACGUAUUAAUUGAAUUUUCAGAAGGAAAUGGGUUCAUAGUGUUGUGAACAUGAAUAAUGUAAACUAACGGCAUAACAAUUACAUUAAUGUAUCAACUGUGGAAUUACGUAUUUCAUUUAUUAUAUAUUAAUCAACACAUAUAUCCAGCUAUAUUAUCUCACCUUAAUACAAUUAAAUAUUUACAUGCAACACAAGAACGUUUCUCACAAUCAAUAAGAGAAAGCCCUAUUUUAAGAAUUGCUAUUAAUUCUUUUACAAAACCGCUUAUAUUUUCAAUUUAUUUCACAGCGAUGGUAUGCAGUAUUAACUAUUCAAUUGCAAAAUAAAGAAUAUAAUCAAUACAAA